AUGAUUUCACUGGCGCAGUAAAGGUUACUGUGAAACGAAACAGAAAGUGGUUUGUUUGCAUGGCGGUUUUAGGAAAGUGGGAUGAUUGUCCUAAGGACGCCAAAAAACAUUAUGGUUUGGAGUUUGGGGGCCUUUAUCAUUGCGCUUUUAUGCUUAGGUGUGAAUGGAUCUGUUGAUGUUCAUUGGCUUCCUUGUCAGUUUGUGGAUGAGAAAGUGCACGUGAAUGAGGAGGGCCACACAGAGACCCAGUAUAUCCACAGAGAGGCUGUCAUUCAGUUUGGUAAUGUUGGUGACAGCCCUUUAUACCCCACUAUAACCUUUCUUGUUACUGCUUCUAAAGUAGAUAUGAGGCGUUAUGUGGAGGGAGCUGAGGAUGCAUUAAACUGUGAGAUCCGUAGAUACAGCACAGGAGGGAUUGUAAUGCGUUGGCCUGCUAUGGGGGCACAAGAGUAUGAUGUCUGGUUCAGCUGUACUUUACGUCAUACUAAAGGCGAGUUCAUCAUCACCACUUUCCUCAGACACACACCUUCUGAUCCUGCAAAAGGACAGCUGGACUAUCUACAAUGGCUAACAGUUAAUGAUAAAGAUCUCCUGACAACAUCAGCUGCGAUGGUUAUCCUGACCCGGACCCCUUCUGUAGAAGUGGGGUUUCUGAAGGAGCCGACUCUACACUGUCAGUUUGCAGUGGAUCACAAGAAUGCCAACGUAACAGUGGAGUGGAGACUUCAAAAACACGGAGAACGCACCAAGCUGUUUAGCUACACCAGCCGAACAGGUACAUCUGAAGGUACAGGUGUGUCCGUCAAAGCCAUCGGUGUCGGAAACGCCUCCUUUAAACUUCCACCCACCAGAAAACAUUCAGAAGGCACUUACAUCUGCUCCAUUCUCGUCCCUCCUCUUUAUGGCAGCCAUGACAUCCCUCUUAGCCUAAGCGAUCAACCCCGCGUGUCUUUAAAUGUGGGCUCUACGUUGUCUCUGACACUUGGUGAGGAGCAAAAGGUUGUGUGUGAUGCAGAAGGAUACUAUCCAUUGGAUGUAAACAUUGAAUGGUUACGAGAACCGGUUGGCGGCAGCCCCACACCUGAGUUUUUGAAGAAUGUUCUGUAUUCCAGUCAUCGGGUUCACCAAGAUGGCACAUACUCUCUCUCAGCCUUCUUUCUUUUGCAGCCUGGCCUGACGGACACGGGCUAUAAAUACACCUGCAGAGUAACCCACAAGUCCUUGCUCACUCCUAUUCGCAAAAGCUUUAUCCUCUCAGUCACAGAACCUGACUCAACUAUGUGGUAUAUCACAGUCUUUGGAUUUAUAAUUGUUAUGUUGGUAGUUUUGGUUUGGCUGCUGCCUAAGUUCUUAGCUGGUCGAAAAGCUGCAAAAAAGAGGUUCUGAGGGCACAUGCCUGAAGAUUUCAAGUACGACGCCAUGGAAACCGAGAGCACCUCCUCUUCUCUCUCACUGCUUGUGUUAUAAGAUCAGGUGUUCUUCAUAGGGAAACUGGGAAGUGUGAUGUGAAGUAUAAUUCCAGAUCCCAUGGUUUAUAAUGUUUACAAAUACCAAGCCACUACUGUUAUCUUUUAGGAUCUUUUGAUGGAAAAUUUCCUAAAGCCUUUCUGUGUUGUAUAAAAUUUCUCUUUAUAUAAUUAUUAAUGGAAAUUUAGACAGGAAAGAAACGAUGAGUUCCAAAUCCGUUUGCACUUUAAAAAAUGCUGCAUGAAUUUAAAACAACUUGGUAGUGCAAGUCAUUUCAACCUACUUUUUUAAGUUUUGACUUGUGAUAAGUUGACAUAAACAAUUCCAACCUGUUUUAUAAGUUAAGUAAUUUGUAAUGUUGAUUGAUGUAAUUUUUUACAGUGUUGAAAAUAAUAAUAUAAAGAUUAAUUCAUUAAUUUAGCUUUUACACAAUUUUAAUUUUCUAUUCCAAACACAAAUAGGCUAAGACAUAAACCAUAAAUCGUGAAUUUACAUGCUGCAUAUUAAAACUUCAAGAAGAAAACUUUAAUUUACAAAUACAAAAUCUACCUCUCUGUUUUAAAAAAAAACCCUACUUGAACUUUGAGUAUAUGCUGUACAAUAAACUAUGUGUCUUAAAUUCUGUAUUCGUGCUCAUGUAGCAUCAUUUUCAAAUAUAUCAAUCUUCAGGGAACACAUGCUGGGUGUGAUGUUCGCGAGGUGGUCGUUGUUUUCGGCUUACGUUGAAAGGCAACACCAGUGUGGCCAUGAGGCCUGUCGAGUUUUGAAGUAUUCUUGGCUAAACACUCGUCUCUGGUCCACAUGUAGCUUCUGUUAGGCAUCUCCCUGACUCCCAGUUAGCUACACUAUAAACACUUCACACAGGAAUGGCAGCUGUUCCCAAAUGGCACUUGGUACAUUUCCCCCUUACCCUCGCUCGUAUUAGUUCCUCUCAGAUACCCAUUAGAGACUAUUUUAUUUCUUUACUGAGAUUAGGUGGACAUUUUGCUCAAUUUCUCCAUCUGUGGAGGUCAGAUGUCUGUCUUUAGCAUUUUAGUUUUAUACUACUCAUGUCACUUACCAUUCAGAGAUCUUAGCAGUGUUCAAAUCUACAGUUAAAAGUUUGUGAUUUCCAUUCUCAAUAAAUGUUUUUUAAAGCAAAUUACCCA